ACAGCUGGGCUGUUCUCUCAAUGAAAUAAGUCCGUGAGUAGAAGCCACAUUUUGUAAGUGGUGUUAUUUUUACUCGGGUGGUAUUGGAACAGUGAUCAACUGUGGAGACAUUGUUAUCUGUAAUGAAGAUCACAGCAGAGGCGAAGAUACAGCAAGGCCUUCUUGUACCACUUGAUCUGGCGUAGACAUUUUUUUUUAAAGGAAGUUAAAGUUAUUCACUUUUGUUUUAGUGUUCCAAUUUCAUAAUAUUUAUUUAUUUAUUUUUCGUACUAGGCACUGAAUAUAGGAGUGUAUGAAUGUUAGAUAAACACUCCAUCACUGAACUAUAUCACCAUAUUCUUUUCACUAGUUAGACUCAGUGUAUAAAUUACAAUUCAAUGCUAACCCAAAAGAUACACUAGUAUCCAUUGUGGCAUUUUCCCCUAUUUUUGUAUCUGAAAAGGAGUAACUAGGCAAUAGCCACAGUCCUUCAUAAUGAAAUAUACCAAGUGUAAUUUUAUGAUGUCCGUUUUGGGCAUUAUAAUCUAUGUAACUGAUUUAGUUGCAGACAUUGUCCUAUCUGUUAGGUACUUCCAUGAUGGACAAUAUGUUCUUGGUGUUUUAACCUUGAGCUUUGUGCUUUGUGGAACACUCAUAGUCCAUUGUUUUAGCUACUCAUGGUUGAAGGCUGACUUAGAGAAAGCAGGACAAGAAAAUGAACGUUAUUUUCUUCUACUUCAUUGCUUGCAAGGAGGAGUUUUCACAAGGUAUUGGUUUGCCUUGAGAACGGGUUACCAUGUGGUUUUCAAACACAGCGACAGGAAGAGUAAUUUUAUGGAGGAGCAAACGGAUCCUCACAAAGAAGCAAUAGACAUGGCCACCGACUUGAGCAUGCUCAGGCUGUUUGAGACCUACCUGGAAGGCUGCCCGCAACUCAUUCUCCAGCUCUAUGCCUUUCUGGAGUGUGGCCAGGCAAAUUUAAGUCAGUGCAUGGUCAUCAUGGUUUCCUGCUGUGCUAUUUCUUGGUCAACUGUUGACUAUCAAAUAGCUUUAAGAAAAUCAUUGCCCGAUAAAAAUCUUCUCCGAGGACUCUGGCCCAAACUCAUGUAUCUCUUUUACAAGUUGCUUACCUUGUUAUCCUGGAUGCUGAGUGUUGUACUUCUGCUGUUCGUAGAUGUGAGGGUUGCUUUGCUUCUGCUAUUAUUUCUUUGGAUCACAGGCUUCAUAUGGGCAUUUAUAAACCAUACUCAGUUUUGUAAUUCUGUAAGUAUGGAGUUCUUAUAUAGGAUUGUGGUUGGAUUCAUCCUUGUGUUUACAUUUUUUAAUAUCAAGGGGCAGAAUACCAAAUGCCCAAUGUCUUGUUAUUAUACUGUAAGAGUGCUAGGCACCCUGGGAAUCUUGACUGUAUUCUGGAUCUACCCUCUUUCUAUCUUUAACUCUGACUAUUUUAUCCCUAUUAGUGCCACCAUAGUUCUUGCUCUUCUCCUUGGGAUUAUUUUUCUUGGUGUUUAUUAUGGAAAUUUUCACCCAAAUAGAAAUGUAGAACCACAACUUGAUGAAACUGAUGGAAAAGCACCUCAGAGAGAUUGUAGAAUAAGAUAUUUUCUAAUGGACUAACUUGUGAAUUCAUGAGAAAUAUUUUAUUUUUUUUGUUUCAUUGCCUAGUAAAAAAAAUGUCUGUCAUAUGUAUGUGUUGUUACUUAGUUUAUCACCUCUGUCUGAAAUGAGUUAUGGCACAUGGUGAAUGAGAGCAUAGUAAUAUUUUAUGGUUUAAAAUAAUUUCUUCUUUGUGUUGCUGAGGAUCAGGCCUGCACAUGCUAUGUAAAUAUUCUACCACUGAGUUGCACCCCCAGCCAUCUCGCUGGUUCCAAAAGUCUUGAGUGUUGAGAUAGUUGCUUUCUGUCUGAUAGAGCUGCCAUGUUGUUCCUCAAGUGGAAUAAACAAUGUGGUCCCAUAAGGCUCAUAGUGAGCUUCUCUGCAGCUUUGCCCUCAUUGUUCCUAGGACCGCUGUACCUACUGUGUACAACCGCAAGAGGAAGCAAAGAGUAGAGCAUCUUGUUCCCCCUACCCCCCAACUCUCUUCAUUCAACACAGGGCUUCUGAGUUGGAACCAGGAUGAUAAAGGGAUGGAGGAAUAUGAAAACAAAUUCUUAGGGUUGGACCUACUGUGCUCUCUCUGUGAACUCCCCAACUGAGAAACAGAAAGCAGAGCCUGAGAAGACUGAAAAUUCAUUGUUUACUGAUUGUACAGUGUUAUAGACACAUUUUAAUGAGUAUAUAGUAAUUUAUACAUAACAAUGGAUGUCAUUAUGUCAUACAGGAUGGAAUGUACUUCAGUCAUGUUCACCCUGCUUCCCAUCUUGCUCCACUAUUAGUCCUGCUGACCCAUCUUUCCCAACUAGCUCCCCUCCUUUUAUAUCUUAGUUUUUAUUUUUACAACUCAAUGAAUUUCAAUGUGGUUGUU